UUGUGGAAGAAGCAUUGUCACUCCGUUCACUGCCCGGUGAGUGCAGGCGUGCUGGACCCGGUGCUGUCCAGGACCAAAGACUGAAAACGGAGAACAAAGGGACCUGAGUCGGCUGUCCGGCCCUCUCCGCUGGAAAGAUGUCCUACUGCAAAGAGGAAGGUAAAGAUCGCAUCAUCUUCGUGACGAAGGAGGACCACGAGGCGCCGAGCAACGCUGAGCUUGUAGAAGACGACCCCAAUGACCCCUAUGAAGAUCAUGGUCUCAUUCUGCCCAACGGGGACAUUAACUGGAACUGCCCGUGUCUGGGUGGCAUGGCCAGCGGCCCCUGCGGUCAGCAGUUCAAGGACGCCUUCUCCUGCUUCCACUACAGCAAAGAGGAGGUGAAGGGCUCCGACUGUGUCGAUUAUUUCCGCAGCAUGCAGGAAUGCAUGCAGAAAUACCCCGAACUCUACCCGCAGGAGGACGACAGCGAGAGCGCCCCCUCUGGAGGGGCCGAGGCGGUGCCCACCGAAUCCACAAGCACUGCCUCCGCAUUCGUCUCUGUUCCUGCCUCAGAGGAAGCAGCAGUUGGGACAGAAAGCCCAGCUACCAGCUAAUAUUACCAGCGCUUUUACUUUCGGCCUCUUGAUCUCAAUCACAAAUACUCUUUGAGUUACACAGAGAGACACACGAAACUACACAGACCUCCCUCCACCUCCCCUCAGGAUACUGAGAAGAGGAGGAAGCUGCUGAGAAACGUUCAGCUCUCCCUCAAAGAGAUGAAGACUGAGAAAUAUAACGAAAUUAUACUAUAGAAGGGUUAUUUUUGGAUCGAUGACUCUUGCGAUGCUUCCAAAUCCUGAGUCAUGAGGUAUAAACACUGUAGGAGUGAGAGAGAACAGUAUGGAGGACCGAUUAGCCUCUGAUGCUAAUCUGGUAAUCAAUAUUAAUAUAAAAUGGGUUACAUAUGCACUGCAUUUUUCACAGUUUACCAGCUGAAUUUCACUGUUUGAUUAAGUUUGCUCGAUAAAGCGAAGGUCGUUUCUGCAUAGUCCGCUCUAAAGCGCCUGUCUCCGCUAAGCUUGAGUGUUAUUUUUGUACUUUUGAGUGGUCUCUCUGUACGUUAGAGGGCUCAUACUGCUGAAAUAACAUGGCUUUAAGGUUAGCAUAUUGUUGCUGUCUUAAUAAAAGCUCACAUCUACCCAAAUCAGCCUUUCAGUAGAGGUGAAUUCACACAGGGCAUGUGCACAUCUGUCUUUUCUUAAGACGGUAAUGACGGGUCACAAAAGGGUCUAUAUUUGUUGUUCUUUGUGUCCUUAAUUAGCUUCAUCAUUUCAUGACCGACACUUCCAAUCCAAAGUUUAGAAUCUCUGUUUUCAUUAGCAUAACGUCUGCAGAUACGUCUAUAAAAUUACUGAAAUAUGAUGCUCAUAUUAUAUAAAUUUCAAAAAAGCUGUAAAAUUUACAUUUUUGAUGAGUUUAUUAAGUUAUAUGUAGGGCUGUCAUUAUCAAUUGUUUAUAAUCCAAUUAUUAUUUUCAUAUAUAUAUAUAUAUAUAUAUA